GGCGCGGGGGGCAGAGCCGAGCCGGGCCGAGCCGAGCCGGGGUAGCGGCAGCGGCCAUGUACGGCGUGUGCGGCUGCUGCGGCGCCCUGCGGCCCCGCUACAAGCGGCUGGUGGACAACAUCUUCCCCGAGGACCCGGAGGACGGGCUGGUGAAGACCAACAUGGAGAAGCUGACGUUUUACGCCCUGUCCGCCCCAGAGAAGCUGGACCGCAUCGGCGCCUACCUCUCCGAGCGCCUCAUCAGGGACGUGAGCCGACACCGCUACGGGUACGUGUGCAUCGCCAUGGAGGCGCUGGACCAGCUCCUCAUGGCCUGCCACUGCCAGAGCAUCAACCUCUUCGUGGAGAGCUUCCUGAAGAUGGUGGCCAAGCUGCUGGAGUCGGAGAAGCCCAACCUGCAGAUCCUGGGCACCAACUCGUUCGUGAAGUUUGCCAACAUCGAGGAGGACACGCCGUCGUAUCACCGGAGCUACGACUUCUUCGUGUCGCGCUUCAGCGAGAUGUGCCACUCCAGCCACGACGACCCGGACGUCCGCACCAAGAUCCGGAUGUCGGGCAUUAAAGGCCUGCAAGGCGUGGUGAGGAAGACGGUGAACGACGAGCUCCAGGCGAACAUCUGGGACCCGCAGCACAUGGACAAAAUCGUGCCCUCGCUGCUCUUCAACCUGCAGCACGCCGAGGAGGCCGAAAGCCGCUCGCCCUCGCCGCUGCAAGCCACCGAGAAGGAGAAGGAGAGCCCCGCGGAGCUGGCGGAGCGCUGCCUGCGGGAGCUGCUGGGCCGGGCGGCGUACGGCAACAUCAAGAACGCCAUCAAGCCCGUCCUCAUCCACCUGGAUAACCACGCGCUGUGGGAGCCCAAGACCUUCGCCAUCCGCUGCUUCAAGAUCAUCAUGUACUCGAUCCAGCCGCAGCACUCGCACCUGGUGAUCCAGCAGCUCCUGGGGCACCUGGACGCCAACAGCAAGAGCGCGGCCACGGUGCGCGCCGGCAUCGUGGAGGUGCUCUCCGAGGCGGCCGUCAUCGCCGCCUCCGGCUCCGUGGGCCCCACGGUGCUCGAGGUGUUCAACACGCUGCUGCGGCAGCUGCGGCUCAGCAUCGACUACGCCCUCACCGGCAGCUACGACGGCGGCGCCGGCGGCGCCAGGAGCAUCAAGGAGCACGAGGAGAGGAUGUUCCAGGAGGCCGUCAUCAAGACCAUAGGGUCCUUCGCCAGCACGCUGCCCACCUACCAGCGCUCCGAGGUGAUGCUCUUCAUCAUGAGCAAGGUGCCGCUGCCCUCCCUGCACCAGGCCAUGGAGGCCGGCAAAGCCGGUGAGAACCGGAAUCGGCUGACGCAGAUAAUGCUCUUGAAGUCCCUCCUCCAGGUCUCCUUGGGCUUUCAGUGCAGCAACAUGCUCACGGCGCUUCCCAGCUCCUUCCUGGACAGGCUGCUCUCUGCUGCCCUCAUGGAAGAUGCUGAGAUCCGCCUCUUCGUCCUUGAGAUCCUCAUCAGCUUCAUCGACCGCCAUGGGAACCGCCACAAGUUCUCCACCAUCAGCACCAUCAGCGAUAUCUCCGUGCUGAAGCUGAAAGUGGACAAGUGCUCGCGCCAAGACACCGUCUUCAUGAAGAAGCAUGCCCAGCAGCUCUACCGCCACAUCUACCUGACCUGCAAGGAGGAGAGCAACAUGCAGGCUCACUACGAGGCUCUCUACAGCAUGCUGGUGCUCAUCAGCAUUGAGUUGGCUAACGAGGAGGUCGUGGUGGACCUCAUCCGCCUGGUGCUGGCGGUGCAGGAGAUCGCCCAGAUCAACGAGGACAACCUGCCGACGUACAACCGCUGUGCGCUCUACGCCCUCGGCGCAGCCUACCUGAACCUCAUCAGCCAGCUCACCACCGUGCCCACCUUCUGCCAGCACAUCCACGAGGUCAUCCAGAUGCGGCAGAAGGAGGCUCCGUAUCUGCUCCCCGAGGACGUGUUUGUGGAGAGACCCAGGCUGAGCAGGAGCCUGGACCGCCUCGGCCCCGAGGUCUUCUUCCGGCAGAGCAAGAUCAGUGAGGUGCUGGGGGGCAGCGGCUACAACUCGGACCGGCUCAGCACGCCCUACGUCCCCCAGCUGACGGACGAGGAUCGCCUCUCCAAGAGGAAGAGCAUCGGUGAGACCAUCUCCCUGCAGGUCGAGGUGGAGUCGAGGAACAGCCCCGAGCGAGAGGAGCGAGCCCCGGCGGAGGAGAUCACCUACGAGACGCUGAAGAAGGCGAUAGCAGACGGCGUCGCCGUGGAGGAGCAGGAGCGGGAGCGGAGGCGGCAGGUGGUGGAGAAGUUCCAGAAAGCCCCCUUCGAGGAGAUCGCCGCCCACUGCGGCGCCCGGGCGACGCUGCUGCAGAGCAAGCUCAACCAGAUCUUCGAGAUCACCAUCCGGCCACCGCCGAGCCCCUCCGGCACCAUCACGGCCGCCUACGGCCAGCCGCAGAACCACUCCGUCCCCGUGUACGAGAUGAAGUUCCCGGACCUGUGCGUGUACUGAGGGCGGCCGCCGCGGGAUGCCAGGGGCCGCUGCGGGAUGCCGGGGGCCGCUGCGGGAUGCCGGGGAGGAUUUUGGUGCCGGAGGAGGGGGGGAGGAAGCCGACUGGCAGCUCUGACCUCCCUCCUCCUCCUCCUCCUCCUCCGCGUUGCUCCUUGGCCGGGGGGGGCCGUUCCCUUUGGGCGCGCGGGGACGCGGCCGGCCCCUCCUGGCGCAAUGCCGAAGGCGGUUCGUGGAGGAAUCCCGGGCCGUGUCCCCGCAGCCCGCUGCGCUCCCGAGGAUGAGGCCGGGUGCGGGCCGCCGGCAGCAUCCCGCUAGGCGGUAGGGAAUUCCCGCCGGCCGUUAGGAUCCGCCUCCGCAAGCGAGAAAAGCAGAGUUUGCUCAAGUGGCUAUUUUUUUUUUAAUUAAAUGAAAAGCACUAAGAACUGUAGCAAAAUGCAGUAGGAGAAGCUACGUCACCCCCCAACACCCCGAGUGGCGGGGGCGCGGGAGGCGCCUUGGGUCUCCGGCCCCCGCGCUGCACCUGUGACCGCCACCGCGCCGGCGCCUUUAGUUUAGACGCUCGCGGCUGUACGUGCUCCGCCGGGUAUUUCUCCGGAGGUGGCUUGCACGCCGGCGCUGCGGCGCCGAACGCACCGUCGAAUAAACGUCCGUGUCGCCCUGCUAA